UCUCCGCCGCGCACCCUGCGUUCAGCUGCGAGCGGACACAGCCGAGCGGGCAAAGACACACACCAGACAUCAACAUGACUGCACCCAGCAACACCUACGAUGUUAUAGUGGUCGGUGCGGGCAUAUCAGGUUUGAGUGCAGCAAAGCUGUUGAAAGCCAGUGGGCUCGAUCCUGUAGUCUUGGAAGCCAGGGACCGGGUCGGUGGUCGUACCUUCACUGUGCAGAAUAAGGAGACAAAGUGGGUUGAUCUAGGCGGGGCAUACAUCGGACCAACACAGAACCGCAUCCUCCGCCUGGCCAAAGAGUACGGCAUAAAGACCUACAAAGUCAACGAGCAGGAGAAUCUGGUGCAUUAUGUUAAUGGAAAGUCUUACCCAUUCAAAGGCUCCUUCCCUCCCAUGUGGAACCCCAUCGCCUUGAUGGACUUCAACAACCUCUUUAGGGCCAUGGAUAAGAUGGGCCAGGAGAUUCCCAAAGAGGCUCCCUGGAGAGCUCCCCAUGCUGAGGAGUGGGACAAGAUGACCAUGCAGGAACUCUUUGAGAAACUCUGCUGGACCAGUACUGCUCGUCGCUUUGCAAGACUAUUUGUCAAUGUGAACGUGACCUCUGAACCCUACGAGGUGUCGGCUCUCUGGUUCCUCUGGUAUGUGAAACAGUGUGGAGGAACCAUGAGGAUCUUCUCCACCACUAAUGGAGGACAGGAGAGGAAGUUUGUAGGUGGUUCGAGUCAGGUCAGCGAGUGCAUGGCGAGGGAGCUGGGAGACCGAGUGAAGCUGCAGUCUCCAGUCUACAGGAUUGACCAGACCGGAGACUUGGUGGUGGUGGAGACAGUGGACAAGCAGACCUACAAGGCCAAGUAUGUGAUUGUGGCCACACCUCCUGGUCUGAAUCUGAAGAUGCACUUUAACCCUGAGCUGCCCCCACUGAGGAACCAGCUGAUCCACCGUGUUCCCAUGGGCUCCGUCAUUAAGUGCAUGGUCUACUACAGGGAGAACUUCUGGAGGAAAAAGGGUUACUGUGGCAGUAUGGUGAUUGAGGACGAGGGCGCUCCCAUCGGCCUGACACUGGACGACACAAAGCCCGAUGGGACUGUACCUUGUAUUAUGGGAUUCAUCCUUGCCCACAAGUGCAGGAAACUCUGCAGCCUGUCCAAAGAAGAAAGGUUGAGGAGGAUCUGUGAGAUUUACUCCAGAGUGCUGGGCACAGAGGAGGCCUUGCAUCCGGUGCACUAUGAGGAGAAGAACUGGUGUGAGGAGGAGUACUCUGGAGGCUGCUACACAGCCUAUUUCCCCCCAGGAAUCCUUACCCAGUAUGGCAGGGUGCUGAGGGAGCCGGUUGGCAAGUUGUACUUUGCGGGCACAGAGACGGCCACAGAAUGGAGCGGCUACAUGGAGGGGGCUGUACAAGCUGGAGAGAGAGCAGCCAGGGAGGUCAUGUGUGCAAUGGGUAAACUUCACCCUAAUCAGAUCUGGCAACCGGAGCCUGAGAAUGAGGAAGUCCCAGCAUGCCCGUUUGUCACCACCUUCUGGGAGAGAAACCUGCCUUCAGUCAGCGGUUUCCUCAAGUUCAUGGGCGUCUCCACGUUCCUGUCUGCCGCCGCCGCUGCCGCAGCCGGCCUGGUGGCCUACAAGAAGGGAAUCAUCCCUCAUCGCUCUUAAACUACCCGUCACCUCACUCCUCUGCAUCUCAAGGGCACACGUCUCAGUAGACACUUGUGUACUUCUAGUGCACUACUUUAUGGGCCCAAACUACAGAGUAGUGACCUACAUAGGGUAUACAUUGUUUUUUGAGAAACACUGUGCUGUAAGGAGGACUGUUCAGCUCAUGCAAAAACACUAACACACUGUCCACAAAAGAAAGAGAGAGCGAAACAAAUAGGAAGGGCUGACUGAAAGUUGUUUGAGGGGAGUGAAGAAAACCUAACUCGAGCUUAAAUCCAGACUCAGAUUGUGAAACCAAUGAAGGAAAAAGAUCAGAAUCAGUUCUUAAGAGGAAACUUUCUCUGUCUCGAUUCCUGUUCCAUACGUUGCCAAUGAAAUUCACUGUGUUGAUUAUGUGUGAGUUUAUAAACUCUUCGUGCUUGCUGUGCGUAUGAGCCUCGUCCGCAUGCGUUUGUGAAUGUGUGUUCGUCACAGUUUGGGUACAAAGUGUGCGAGUGUGUGUGUGGGUGCGCGCGCGAGUUUCCACUGUGUCUAAUUACCUCUGCUGAUUUUAGGUGCUGAUUUGUUCUGGCCAAGCAGCCGUAGCUGUUUGAUGCAAUCCGGUGACUCCAGAAGAGAAAAGAGCUAGUGCCGUGGCCCGCUGCAGCAUCACAGAGGGGGUUCAAGGACGAGGCUUUUUCUGGCUUUAUCUUACUGCCAGCAAAUCCCAUGAAAAUCCUAAUGAACAGUGAAUUUGUAUUAGCCUGACGUGAGUCGCACACCUUACGUGAGUUUGCGCUGGGGGUGGGGGGGCACUGUUGUUUCUUUUGAAUUUAAACUUAUUUAAAUGCCAGAACGUUGUUCCUUAAAUUCACAUUAGGGCACCAAAUAUAUAUUAUUCCCAACCAGCAACAUGGAUCUACGACUUCCCAGUUGUUGUUUUAAGGUUUGUCCAGACUGAAUACAAAGCAGUUACCUUUCGGCCAUAUUUCAUAUUUAAAAUAAAGCAUAGAUAGACUAAAGCAGGUGCUUGUACCAUGAAGAGUCGAAAUUUCUUUUCACUUCUGAUCCUGAAGUGUAGAUAAAAGCACACGUUUAUGGUUAAAACUCAGAAGUUUGAAGAUGUAUGUGAUUCAGCUUUGAGUAACUUCUCACACACGCUCUCCUUUCCCCUCAGCCCCUGAAGUCUCACCGCUUCACGUUCAGCUCCGUUUCUUGCGUUGCAACAAGUCGUUUUUACCUACAUUUUCCCCAGUUUGCACAAAACAGGUGACCUCACUGUAUCUCCUCUAAGCUAAUCCCUCAGCUUGUGUCUGCUGUUCCUCCCUCAUCGAAUCACAUCUUUUGUGUAUUUAUUUUCUCCAGUAGGACCUGAAGCCAGGAAGUGUUGAGACAGAGCGAUUCACUGGUAGUUUUCAUGGGAUUUGUUGACAAAGAAAAAGAAAAUUGCACGUUAAGAAUGAGAAGAGUCGGCCUUAUUCUUUAAAUGGAAACCUGUUUUUGGGGGUAAAGUGGUGUCAAGCUGCUCUGUGUGGUGGUCUUUCGGUCAGUGUGAUGGAAGUAUUUGAAUGUAUUUUCUUCAGAGUAGAUAACGCACACACGGUUGAUUUAUUAGGGUAAUCAGAUUUUUCACACGUCUAUUUUUACCUUUCCUCAGUCACACUUCAAAUCACACCGGCUGUCACGUAUCCUCGUGAGAAACAUUUUCAUUUGUUUAGGGAAACUGCGUCUUUCACAGCAUUCCUCCGUCACGCCGCGGGGGCUACCUGCUGGCCACUGUGGCGGUGUUUGCUCCAUGAGGAGCUGCAUUUCAGUCACCUGCCCGAGUAAAAUCAUUUGUCUGAUUUUUUUUUGGGUGUAGAUGUGAAAACCCACCUUCUCCUUGUGCGUCUGUUAUGAAGUGCGCUGCGCUCUGUGUGCGGCCCUUUAAGCCCGCUGUGAGAAUCACGCUGUUCUUGUCCCAAAGAUGUUUGUGAGUGUAGUUUUUCUGUUGUGCCUUAAUGGGAGUCGUAAUGUUUUUGUCAUUUCUCUCAAGUGCCUGUGACUCUGACGCUCGCUGCCCUCGAUCCCCUUCCCUCCUUUCCUCGCUCCUUCCCUCCCACCUGCGCUGGAGGUCAGAGGUCAGAUGGACUAGGUCAUUGGUUCAAGGCAUCAUCUGUACUCAUUAACAUACAGGGGACAGCACUUUGUCUUUCUAAGUGUGUCCAGACUCUUUCAUUUUUGCAUUUCCCCUUACCUGAGUUACGUCCUCACUCCAAACUUGACUCAGGUAAAGCCGGGUGUAUAAACACAGCAUCAGAGCUCAGACUGUUGAGGUGAUCAGUCUGCUUAUCUCCAGUGAAUCCAAGUCUGUGCGUGCUUUGUGUUGUGAUUGCAGUGCUUCUUCCCUCGUUGUGGUGCCCCUCUCCGCUCCUGUCUGACCCUCAGUCCCAGGACAGGUUUUGCGCCCCUGCAGGCCAACUCUAGAAGUAAGGACUAAACAAUGAUGUCACUUUUUAACCCAUGUAUUCAUGUUUAUGGCUGGCUGAUGUCGGUGAACGAGGAGCCAGCAUGUUCCAGCCAUCCUUUAAAAAACAACUGCAGCAGUCCCAACAAACCAUCAGGAGACAUAAUGCAGUGUUAUUCAUUAUCUGACCCCCCCCCCCAUCCUCCUGUGCAUUAGAGCCUUCUUAACUAUUCUUGUGACCUGUUCUUCGAUGUCUUUAAAGCUAUAUGAAGCUGGUGAUGUUUAACAAAAUGUGAAAUAAAUC